AGAAAUCAAAGUAAUUAACACUAGGUGGAACUGCAUUCGCGCGAUAUCUGACAAAUGACGAAAUGACAAACUAUUUGGAUUCAAGGUGCAGUCUAAGAAUCACGAAAAUUUGAGUAAAAGUUUUUUCUUUUUUUUUAUGUUUGUUAUAUACUCUAACGUCAAAUUUCUGCGAUAUGUUUUGAUAAAUCGUAAGUACGAUCCUACGACAGAGGUAAAUGGCGAGUUGUCAAAUGCAGCGUAACACAAUCAUCGCAUUUCAAAGAUUUUAUACAGAGGAUCAUCUUGAUUGUUGACAAUCAAAUAUGAUAGAAUUAAAUGAGUAAAAAAAUGAAUAAGAUGGGAAAAUCGCGACUAUUGCCAUUGAAAUUGUCAUCAACCACCAAUAUAGUUAAUAAUGGAAUAGUUAAAGGAAAGAUAUCAUUUGUCCGAAGAUUAGCAGUAGGAUUUAUGAUCUUAGCUACACUUGGUUUAAUAUAUGUACCAGCAUACCAUUCAGCUCAAGGCCCAUUUUUAGGCUUAGGUGAGACUCCAUCUUCUCCAAAACACAUUGGUGUUUCACAUUUGGUAGCCUCAGUAGCGCAAUUGCCAGGAUGGACAUAUAAUACUUCAAGAGAUCUUUGUGUAUAUAUUCAUCCAGAAAAUACAACUUCAGUUUUAAGUCCUAAUGAUAUAUGUUCUUCAUCACCAUAUCUUUUCAUAGUUAUUUGUUCAGCUGUUACAAAUAUCCAAGCUCGAACAGCUAUAAGAAGCACUUGGGCUAAUAAGAAUAAUUUAGAUAAUAUAUAUAACUCAACUGUAAAGAUAGCAUUUCUUUUGGGACAAAGUGAUAAUGAUACACUUAAUAGUAUAAUAGCUGAAGAAAGUCAUCAAUACAAUGAUAUCAUUCAAGAAAAAUUUUAUGAUACUUAUAAUAAUUUAACAUUGAAAUCUGUAAUGAUGUUGAAAUGGAUAACAUCAAAUUGUGGCCAAGCAAAAUAUCUCAUGAAAACAGAUGAUGAUAUGUUUGUAAAUAUUCCUAGUUUAAUGAAAACUUUACAAUCAAAGUCACUAACUGAUAUAUUGUUAGGUUCUCUCAUCUGUAAUGCUAAACCUAUUUUAGAUCCAAAUAAUAAAUGGUAUACACCAAAAUAUAUGUAUUCAGGGAAAAUAUAUCCUAAUUACUUAUCUGGUACGGGGUAUGUAAUGAGUUUAGAUGUGGCAUUUAAAUUGUAUCAUGCAGCAUUAACAACACCAUUACUUCACUUGGAAGAUGUUUACAUUACUGGUCUCUGUGCAAAACAUGCAAAAGUACGACCUGUAAAUCAUCCUGGAUUUAGUUAUGUUCCACGUAAACUGGAUCCUUGUACAUUAAAAAAUGCUAUUACAACACACAAAGUGAAUGUGUCCAGUAUGUAUGUUAUAUGGAACAAAUUGAAUGAUACAAGUCUCUCUUGUAGUAAUCAUUCUCAUAUUGAUAAGAAAUCAGUUACAUUAAGCAGAAGUGGUAGAAACAUUGGAUAUUAUACAGUGAAGAGAAGACCUAUUAACAAAUGUGUUUAAAUUAACUAAAAUUUUUAAGUAUUAAACCUGUUAUUUAUUAUUGAUUUAAUAUUUAUUAAAACAAAAUAAUACUAAGAAAUAAUUCUCAAUGAGUAUUAUGAUAA